AAAGAAGCCGAUGGGUCGCUCAGACCUCGCCGAGCUCGUCCUAACCACAACGAUUGGCCGACAUUUAUCACCGAGUGUGGCGUAUCUGAAACCCCACGCCGCUUGGAAGUUGACGCCCGCUGGUGGAUCGAUAGCUCGAAUGGUGAUGUCAAGCUUGUCCUCCUGCUUUUUGUAUCGGUGAAAACCAAAACUAUACGGAUUGAGCUGUGGAAACAAGCCAUGGUCGAAAAUCCACAACGGACCCGCACGAACGAUGAAGAUGAAGUUAUCAGACCAACUCUCAAAAGAGUAAUCAAUAUUACCCCCGAAUCGGUCACCGGUGCCCCUUUGAAGUUGAACUUUAGAGAUCUCUUUUUACGCAAGCCCAAGAAAGACCGUGGAGAGGGCAAUUAUGUCAUCACCGAGCCGGAUUUGAGAUCCUAUUACGAGGCCAUCUGG